UGUUUUUGUAGAGUGAGAGAGAGCUUAGUUGUUUUCCUUUUUCUUCCAAUCAAAAAUUUAUAGGUUAGGUGACAGCUGCCAGCAAUGUCGUCUCUCGGCAAAGACCUAAUGUUCUUGAUCAUGCAGUUCUGUGAUGAGGAGAAUCUUAAGAAGACCGCACACAUGCUUGAGCAAGAAUCGGGCUAUUUCUUCAAUAUGAAGUAUUUCGAGGAGCUGGUGCUGGAUGGGAACUGGGACGAGGCCGAGAAAUAUCUCUCGAGCUUCACGGUCGUUGAAGACAACAAAUACUCCACCAAGAUAUAUUUUGAGAUUAGGAAGCAAAAGUAUCUCGAGGCCUUGGACAAGCACGAGUUUUCUACCGCCUUAGACAUUCUUAAGAAGGAUCUCAAGGUGUUUGCGCAGUCGAACGAAGAAUUGUACAAAGAAAUGGCUCAGCUCUUGGCACUAGAUGACUUGAGGGAAAAUGAUUCGCUCGCCUUAUAUGGAGACGCGUUAACUGCUAGAAAAGGCCUCCUAGGUGAUCUUCAGUCUGUCAUCGAGGCAAACCCCCUUCUCCAAGGAAAAACUAGGUUUCCUCAAAUCAAAAAGUCGAGGUUGAGGCGUUUGAUUAACCAAAGUUUGAACUGGCAGCAUGUGCUAUGCACGCGUCCUCACUCGCAACCGCACAUCGACACCCUCUUUACAGAUCAUAAGUGUCCCGGAUCCGAUAAUAUGCAGGCUCAACUGAGCUCGUUGCCGCCCUCACCUGUUGCAGCUGAAUGGCCUCGAGAGAGAGACUCGUCAACUGAUAUCCCCGUUACAAUCAGGAACCAUGAAGCUCUAUCCGACCAAGCUUUAGCUGAGGAGGGUAGGCUCUUUGUCGAUGUAAGGUCAACGGAACAUAUAAUCGAGGAGGAGGUCUCGCAGACGGUUAUUUCCACCCGUUGUCAAGCUUCUCGAAAUGAACCUCCUAUCGAUUUUCCUAGCACGGUCGAACGGGUUUUGGAUAUAGGCUUGUUAAUGACUAGCAUGGAUUUUCACCCUGUUCACGAGGCUCUGUUAUUAGUUGGGAAAUUAUCCGGAGAAGUGGAAAUCUGGGACGUUGCUGCUCACAAGAAGCUGUUCAGAAGAGAAUUUUUGGUCAAGUCGUUAAUGGUAAACCGUGUGCUGUGGAGCCUUGAUGGUUCUCUAUUUGGGGUUGCAUAUUCGCAAAACGAGCUACAUCUGUAUGAUAAAAAUGGAAAUUCCUUUCAGAAGAAAUUGGAGAUCGACGCACAUAUUGGCAGUGUGAAUGAUCUAGCAUUCUCUAAAGCAGAUAAAAUACCUGUUGUCAUAAGCUGUGGUGAUGACAAGUUGAUUAAGGUUUGGGUUGCGGCAACUGGCGCUAAACUGUAUACCUUUGAGGGCCACGAGGAUCCCGUGUACUCGCUAUGCCCUGGUUUGAAGAGAAAUAUCCACUUCCUGUUUUCCAUUUCGAUAAGUGGUGAGAUAAAAGUAUGGUUGUUCGAUAAUGAAGGAUCGAGGGUGACUUAUUGUGCUCCCGGUUCCUGUCGUACGAGAAUGGCUUAUGGCAGUAAAAGGGUGUUUAUGUGUGGGACGGUGGAAGACGGAGAAUCCUACCUUGUUGAAUGGAAUGGGAAUGAAGGGAGUGUUGUUAGGAAUUACCAGUUACUAAGCAAAGGCUCUUCGGCUGUGGUUCAAUUCAAUACCUGCCUCGACCGGUUCCUUGCAGCUGGAGACGAGCAUGUGAUCAAAAUCUGGGAUAUGGACAGCGAUGAACUUUUAGCCGUUGUUGAUGCUGAUGGUGGUUUGCAAGCAAGGCCGCGUAUUUGCUUCAGUAAGAAAGAGAAUCUAUUGGCCGUUUCUGCUGUUGAUGGUCGAAUCAAGAUCUUGGCAAAUGAUUCCGGCCGUCGUUUUCUGCAGGAAGCCGCCUUCGAUUUUGGUGAUUCUGCUAAAUGUUUAACAGAACCCUUCAGCAAUCUUUCUGUAGGUUCGAACAAUAUGGAGGCAACGAACGUUUCUAAAAUCGUUGAAGUUUCUCGCUGCCAAUCCAUGCUACUCGCUUCUGAAGUCAAGACUAAUCUGAUACGGAGAUUGGUGUACACGCACACAGGUAGUGGCAUUCUCGCAUUAGCAGAAGACGGCACUCAUCUACUGUGGAGAUGGGCGAAGAGUGGCGAGGCAAUGAUGAAAUGUGCCCCUCGGUUAUGGCAGCCGAGGAGCGGAUUGUUAAUGACCAACGACCUUCCUGACGAGAGCGGGGAUGUGGUCACGCCGUGCCUUUCGCUGUCGAAGAACGACUCAUAUUUAAUAUCUUCGUCGGGGAGGAUGAUUACUUUGUACAAUUUGCUGGGAUUCAAGAACAUGAGGAGCGUGAUGCCAUCACCGCCUGCUGCAACGUGCCUCUUGUUCUAUCCACCGGACAACAACAUAAUAGCUAUAGGCAUGGAUGACUCCACGAUUCUCAUCUACAAUAUACGCGUUGAUGAGCGGAUAAGCAAGCUCGAGGGGCAUUCCAAACGAAUCAGCGGAUUGGCUUUCUCGACCAAUCUAAACGUGCUCGUUUCUUGUGGGGUCGAUACUCAGAUUGUGCUGUGGGACUCCAUCACAUGGGAGAAGAAGAAAAGCACGGUGCUGCAGAUCUCGGUCGGCUGGCUGGCAUCAGACUUGUCAGAGACGAACGUCGAACUAGACAAGGAUCAGCAGCACUUUCUAGCAGUGCACGAGACUCAGCUCGCUAUAUAUGAAACUGCAACACUACGACGUGUGAAGCAGUGGACGAUCGCCAACUUCUGCACGCGAAUAUCCCACGCGACCUACUCUUGUGAUAGCCGGGUGGUGUAUGCUGCCAUGAGAGACGGGAUCAUCUUGAUACUCGGUGCAGCAGACCUCGCCCCACGCCUUGAGAUAGAUCCGUCUUCGUACCUUCCGCCCCAUCUAAGCUGUUACGUGGAUCCGGUUGUCGUUGCGGCUCAUCCACGUAAACCGGAGCAAUUUGCGUUGGGAUUGUCGAACGGCGGAGUGGUCGUUAUCGAACCGGAAGAAUCUCAAGGGCGAUGGACCAUCAAGAACCACCUUGAAUCUUGAGUCUUCUCAAGGCCAAUGGAGUAUAUCAGUUUUGAUGUUUUCUAUUAAACCCACAAA